AUUGCUAACUAGCGAUAAGAAUUGAAGCCGACGGUCCGCCAUUCUGGUGGGAUUUAUGUGGGUUAUCAAUGCAUAUUAUAUACAUCUGUAUAUAUUAUUAUAUCAAUAUUAUAUAUAUCUGUGAUUGUUAUAAACAUCAUCGAGAAAAGAAUACAUAUAUUCUUUAUCUCGAUGAUAAACAUAUAUUAUUCUCACGUGAUAAGGUUCUAAUUCCCACCAAGAUGGUGAAAAGUGGCUGCUUCAAUCUUCUCUAUUGGUGGCAUGUACAGUUAGCAAUCUAGUUUAUUAUAUAUAACUGUGGUAGUAGGUACCUCUAUAGAUAAAAUAUAAUAGAUAUAACUUACCAAUUAUCAAUUGUGUUUAAAAAAUAGUUUUUUGUUAAAAUUGGAAAUUGUGAGUUUAUGUAAAUUCCAGAAAAUACUAUUCAUUGACCAGAAUUUACUUAACUCUUGUAGUCCUUUAAAAGUACUGUAUUCGUUCGGUCGGUCGUGAUGUAAAUGCGAAGUACGUUUAUUAAUUAUUAUCAAUCUCUAAAAGGAAUAUUUAUAAUGUUAAUAAUUAUUUUUAAUAAUUAUAUUACCUAGCACUUGUGCACGUCGAAAAUAAAAUUUUAUUUGUGAUCAAUGCUUUAUAAAGUCGGUUCUAUAAUGAUUAAUGAAUAAAUUCAACAAGUUGUAAUUUAUAAAAUAAAACAUUAAGUCACUAGUUCUUUUACAAGUAUUAUUUCAUUAGUAUUGUAUCUUAAUAAUUUAAAGCAAACCACAGUUCGUACGUAAAAACAAAACAAAUUUUUAUGAUGUUUUAAUUAUAUUAUUUUUAAAACUAAAUUUGUAAUGAAAAAUGUCUGUAUAUCCACAAGUUAAAGGUUACAACAUAAUCAAAAAUAUUGGUAAGGGAAGUACAUCGACAGUAUAUUUAGCACAUUUAAAGGAAAAUGUUGAGAAUACUGUAGCUAUUAAAGUCAUAGAGCGUUGUAAACUUUCAAAAAGUGCAGAAAAUGCUGUUGUUACAGAAAUAGGAGUAAUGAAAAAAUUAAAACACAAACAUAUUGUUCAAAUGAUUGAUUUUGUUUGGGACAGCAAAAAUAUUUAUAUUAUAUUAGAGUAUUGUGAUGGUGGUGAUCUGUCAGCUUUUAUUAAACAUCGCACUAAACUCUCUGAAAAAGUGUGCCGCAGAUUUAUGCAACAACUAGCUUUAGCUCUACAAUAUCUACGAUCUCAUAAUGUUUCGCAUCUUGACCUCAAACCUCAAAAUCUUCUAUUGAUGAAAUCGCCACAUUUAAUACUUAAAGUUGGAGAUUUUGGAUUAGCAAAAUUUAUGAGUGAAAAGACGCAAAUGGAAAACAUUAGAGGAUCACCUUUAUAUAUGGCACCUGAAAUGCUACUUCAUAGUCGUUAUGAUGUUAAAGCAGAUCUUUGGUCUGUUGGAGUAAUAACAUAUGAAUGUAUAUUUGGUCAAGCUCCUUAUGCAUCAGAUUCAAUUAAAGAUUUAUGUGAAAAAGUUAAAAAAGUUUUACCAAUAGAAAUACCAGUAACACAUGUCAGUCCACAUUGUAGAGAUUUACUGAUCAACUUACUAAAACACAACCCAUCUGAGAGAUUGAGUUAUGACAAAUUUUUUAAGCAUCCAUUUUUAGAUUUGGAGCAUACACCUAGUGAAGAAUCUUAUGUAAAAGGUCUAGAUGCCAUUAAACAAGCAGUUCAGUUAGAUGCUGAAAAAAAUUACAAAGCUGCAUUUUGUAAAUACUGUAUAGGCCUACAGUAUUUGAUCCCAUGUUUACAAAAUGAAUCUGAUGAAUCUAAAAAGCAAGCAUUUAAAAUGAAAUUAAAUGAGUAUACUAAACGUGCUGAAGAACUCAAAGCUACACUAUACAUUUCUAAAGUUAAAGUUAAUAGUGAUGAAAAAAUGGAACCAACGUCUGUAUCAUCAGAUGUAGAUGAGGAUCAUUCUCAGAACUUAAUGUCUUUAUGUAAAAAUACACCUCAACUGGCUAGUGCAGUUGAAAUUGCACUUUCAGGCCAAAUGUACUUAGUGGAAGGACAUUAUGAAGCAGCUAUUGAAAAAUAUAACAUUGGCUUGAAUUUAUGUAAUAAGUUACUUGAAAAAGAACCAGCUGGUGUUCGAUAUGAUUUACUAGUAAAACAGAUUGGUGAUUGGACGAAACAGUGUGAAAAUGCUUCAGCAUUAUUAGAAUCAAAGAAUCAUAAUGUAAACAAUCAGGCUAUUGAUGUCCCUGACGGUCUAUCUUUAAAUAAAGGUAAAAAGGAAAAGAAAUCGCCAACAUUUCUUAAAACAGUUAAAUUAGUUUUAAAAGUAAAGAAAAACACUUCUUCUCCCUCGAAAAAAUAAAAUAGUUCUUAAGAACUAAUUAGUUUUUCACUCUUUUUAAACAGGGUUUAGUUUAUAUACAACAUUUUUUUACUAUUUACAAGAUAUUGCUUUUUUAUAAGUAUUAUUUGGGUGAUUGACGAUUGUAUGUAUUGGUAUUGUCAUUGUGAACAAUUUAUUUAAAUUUUAUAAUGUUGAAAAUUAAUGUUAUUUACAUGUAAUUUUUUUAUUGACUAAAUGUGGUAAACAUAAAUU